AUGCAAUCACACUGGGCUCGAACAAAGGACAUGAUAUCCGCCGGAGAACGCCUCAUUGAAAAUGGCCAGUCGCGUGAAGAUAUCCAGCGUCGAAUUCAAGCGAUGCAGCAGGGUUGGGAACGUCUUCGAGCCGCUCAUCAAGCUCUUGGUCAGUGGCUCAACGAAGCAAAACAGGCGCAGCAGUAUUUCCAGGAUGCAAACGAAGCAGAGUCAUGGAUUCGUGAGAAAAUGCCUCUCGUCAAAAGUGAUGAUCUGGGUCGUGAUGAAGGAGCCGCAGAGUCGUUGUUGCAGAGGCACGCUCGCCUCGAAGAAGAAAUUCAUGCCUAUAGGGCUGAUAUUGUUCGACUUGAAGAAAUGAGCCAGCAACUUGCCAACAGCUCUUUCCAUACUGCAACAACAAGUAGUCAGGAGACGGAAGAGGUGUCAGUGCCUCAAAUUGAAAUGCUCUAUAAAUACGAUGGCAAUGGAAUGUCUGUCGUCAAAGGNUUGUUAGAGCAAUCGACCCCUGAAUGGUGGCGUGUGCUGAAGCAGGAUGGUACUGAAGGUUUUGUGCCAGCAAACUACUGCAGAAAAGUACCAGGAGAAUCGGUGACUGUCACGCAAACAACUACAACUACGAAGGCUCAUUCUGAUGUAGUUGACGGAAAGCGGGCUAUUGUUGACCGCCAGAAGAUGAUCUCGUCAGAUUACCGACAGCUGAACAGUUUGGCCGAAGUCCGACGGCGUCUCCUUUCUGAUAAUAUCAAACUAAUGAGGCAAUGCGACGAAUUCGAGGGCUGGGCUCGUGAAACUGAAGCUGCUCUAGCAGAUGAACCUUCAGUAGAGCAUGUCAAGGCAUUCCGUAAGAAGUUCGAUCGUCUCGAAGCAGAUAUGAAGGCCAUUGGAGGUACCCAGCUGAAGCAUAUCAAUGCAAUGGCUGACGAACUAAUUGGUGAGGGGCACAGCCAGUCAAGGCAAAUCGAGGCACGCCAGAGGAAGGUCAACGCGUUGUGGGCGGAUUUGGAGCGUUUGCGGGCCAAAAGAGCUGCCAAACUUGAGACGACUGAAAGAGUCGCAGAUUUUGAUUCGUCGUGUGAGGAUGCUAGAGAGUGGAUGCAGGGCAAAUUCGACCUUCUUGAUCGUAAUCCAAAUGACUUGAAGAGUCUGCAGAACUUGGAGAGAGACUUGAAGCCCCUCGAAGAUAAGAUUCACUACUUGGAAAAGCUCGCAGCUGAGGUGAAAAAGAAGAAUCCAGAGGAAGCUGCUGCCAUCGAAAAGAAAAUUGCCGAGCUGCGUGCAAUGCAUGCCGAUCUACUCCGAAGAGCUCAUGAAAAGAUUAAGAUUGCCGAGCAAUCUCAAGGUCAGGAAAUGUUCGAAACGGCAUUGAGGGAUGUGCUGGUCUGGAUCGACCGCACCAAGAAAGUGCUUGCCGAAGAUGUUCAUGCCUUGGAUGUCCAACAAGCUGAAGAACUGCUGAAGAAGCACUACGAACUUGGCGAGCAGAUUAUGGACAAGAAGUACGAGGUGGAUUACGUGCAUGAGCUUGGACGCCGCCUACUCGAAAAAAAUCCACGUUUACAUGAAGUUGAUGCGCAGCUCAAACAUCUGACCGGUGAAAUGAACACAGUCAAGAACAUGUACCGAACGCGUGACGCUCAACUGAAGGAGCAACUCGACCUCCAGCUAUUCAACCGUGAAGCUGAGCGAAUCGACGCUGCUACAAAAGGCCAUGAGGCUUUCCUUGAUUACGCCGACUUAGGAGACUCAGUGGAAUCGGUGGAGAAUCUUCUAAAACGUCAUCGUGACCUCGAAGCAAAGUUGGAUGCUCAAGAAGGACGUCUUAGCGCUUUCUCGAAGAAUGCAGAUGAUCUCAUCAAAAAUCGACACUCCGAGAGCGCUUACAUAGAUGGGCGAAGAGGAGAGGUCCUGGCACGUCGCGCAGCUGUACGACGAAUGGCAGCAGAACGUCGAGCUCGCUUAGAGGCAUCACUCGAAUACCAGAAUAUGAAGAGAGAUGCUGAGGAAAUGAUCACGUGGAUUCAUGAGAAAAAGAAGCUGGCUAACGAUGACUCUCAUCGUGACCUUACCUCUAUUGCUAACAAGUUGCUCAAACACGAAGCAUUUGAAGCCGAAGUCGGAGCGAAUUCAUCGAGAGUUGCUCAAAUCAAUCGGGUUGGCGCUGCUCUAAUCAACCAGAAGCACUAUGAGUCUGCAAACGUUGAUCGCCUUUUGAAACGCUUGAACACUGAAUGGGCGGAGUUGCGCGAUGCUGUUGCCCGUAAGGGCGAAAAACUGCGUCAAGCAUCUGAUCAGAAGGGUUUGAAUCGUGUUCUUGAAGAUGCUCAUGCCAAACUAGAUGAACUAGAAACCUCGCUGAAAUCAGAUGAAUUGGGUUCUGACCUCAGGGCUGUCAAAGAUCUCAUCCAGAAGCAUUCUGUUCUAGAACAAGAAAUGGGACUCUACGAGAAGAGGUUGGCGGACAUUUAUAACCGCGGCCGCAAAAUGGCUGAGCAGGGACAUUUCGAUGCGGACAGAAUCAACUAUACUGUUGGAGCACUGCUGAAAAGAUUCGAGAACCUGGAAGGACCAUCAGCUGCCAGACGAGCAGCUCUUGAAGAGUCCAGAAAGUGGCACCAACUCGCGUUUGAUGUUGACUGUGAGCUGCAGUGGAUUGCUGAGAAGAAGCCCAUUGCCUGCUCCGAGGAUACUGGACGCAAUCUGACCGAGGCUUUGAAUAUGGUCAAGAAGCAAGAGCAGCUAGAAGCAGAAGUUCACCAGCACUCUGGCAAUAUUGAAACGACUAUCGCCCAAGGCGAAGCUUUGAUCCGUGGUGGACAUAAUGCUGCUGCACAGAUCAAGGCUAAAUGCGAACAGUCAAAUGUGAAUAAUGUACUCGAAAAGCUGGCUGAGGCGUGGACGCAAUUGGCGCACUUGGUCAAAAAACGUCGUCAAGUUGUCGACUGGGGUGUGAAGGAACAACAGUACAUGUUCGAUGCAGCCGAGGUUGAGUCAUGGAUGAAUGAGAAACGGGCCGCGUUGGAGUCGGACAACUAUGGGCAGGAUGAAGAUGCAGCUCAGAAAUUGCUGGCCAAACAUAAAGCACUACAAAAAGAUAUGCAGACAUAUAGGCAGUGGCUCGAUAAGCUCUCUGUCAAAUGCACUGAGUUGGUCAAGUCACAUCGUCCGAACGUUGAUCGUUUUGAGGUCAGGCAAAAAGAGCUGGAGACAGAGUUUGAUCGUCUUAGUCGUUUGGCUGAAGAGCGUUGCCGUGCGUUAGAGGAUACUGUACAUCUAUUCGAGUACAUGCGCGAAAGUGCAGAUCUUGAACAGUGGAUCAACGAGCAAUUGCAAACAGCAAUGAGUGAAGAGUACGGGGAUGAUUAUGAGCACUUCAAGGAGUUGCAAUCACGUUUCGAGGAAUUCAAGCAGAGCGUCAAAACCGGCAGUGAACGAUUUGUCUCCUGCGAAGCGGCUGCCAAUGCGCUUCUUAGAAGGAAUCCACCUUUCGGUCGAGAUAUCCUAAAGAAGCAAGAGAAACUGAGAUCGGUCUGGACCCUUCUUUUGGACUAUAUUGAAUCCCGUGAGUCGAAAUUAGCGGCAGCAGAAGAGCUUCAUCGAUUCAAUCAGGACGUCCUUGAACAUGAAGAAUGGGUCGCAGACAAAAGAGCCAAUAUGUCUCGUGACAAAGGACGAAACAUGCAGCAAGCUAAAUCGCUAAGUCAGAAACAUGAGACCCUUGAAAAGGAAGUGGCGGGUAUGGAGCCACAGUUGCAGUCGUCUAGUUUCUCAUGGCAUGGUAGUUUGGUAAUGGAGAAAGCUUUUGGAGUAAAACGGUACUUGCAGAAACUUCUCGCCGAGUCAGCUCGCCUGAAGGAGGCUUAUCCCGGUGGAAAUGCCGAACACAUCGCUCAGCAACAAGUCGAACUUGCCGAAAGCUGGCAGGAACUGCUCCAUGCCAUUGAUGACAGGCGAGAUGAGCUGCGUGCCGCUAGAGAUAUGCAUCGGUAUGGUUGUAUAUCAUGGAGCUCGAUUUUCAUUUGUGCGCAGAGUUUCAACGCUGAUGUACGAGACCUACUUGCAUGGGCUGAUAUAACCAUUGCCGAUAUGCAGUCAGAAAUGCAGGUGAAUGGUCUGCAACAAGCCGAAGGGCUUCAAAAAGAGCAUUCUCGUCUUCGUGGAGAGAUCACAGCCCGAGCUCCUGAAUUUGAGAAAGUCAAACAAUCUGGCGAGGCGAUGAUUCAACGAGGACACUUCGAUUCUCAUAACAUUGCAAAGAAAGUUCAUCAGGUCAACACCGCCUUUGAUCGUCUCCGAUCUGAAUGGGACCUCCGUGAUAGCUAUCUAGUUCAACUAGUCCAGUGGCACGCUCUCCAACAAGAAGCAAAUCAAAUUCUCACUCUGAUUGCGAGUAAGAGAGCUACACUGCGUCAGUUGGCAGUUGGAGGCAGCGUCGCUGAUGUCGAAGGCCAAAAGAAACGUCUGGAUACAUUCGCGAAGGCCUUAUCGACUCUGGACGAAAGAACUAAGGUACUCGAUCGUACUGCGAACGAGCUGAUCGCAAAUAAUCAUAUGGAAAAGAACAACAUCGAGCUGUCAAAGAAAAAGGUUCAUGAUGCUCUGUCACUCUUACAUCGUGACGUUGACCAAAGAUCUCUUGUCCUCAAUGACGCAUUCAUGGUGGCAGCCUUUGAUCGCGAUGUGGCAGAUACUGAAGCGUGGAUUGACGAAAAGCUCAAGGGGGUUGAUGCAUUGUUACGGAAACAGACUGCCCUCGAACGUGACAUGAGCGCAAUUCACCAAAAACUCAUCGCUCAUGAUAAAGAUGCUCAGAAUAUUCUUGCUAAGAAACCUCCGCUCAAGCAUACCAUCCUGGAUUCAUUGAAGAAGCUUGAAGAAAGUUGGAAGGAGCUGAGCCAGGCGGCCGAAUUGCGAAACGAGAACCUAGACAAAUCGUUAGUUUUUGUUCUUUGUCAAUAUCAAACAUAUCUUACAAGUUGCGAGGUUACAAGCAAGGAUCAUUCAAAUGGAUUCUGUUCCAGUAGAUGUAAGCGCGAUUUUUUCAGAUACAAGCUCCAUAAAUAUAUCGAUCAAGUGAAAAAAGCAGAGCAAUGGGCAGCACAGCUUCGGAACAAAAUGACAUCGUACCAGCAACCGAAGACGAGUGCAGAAGCUGAACAGCUGAUCGCUCAACAUGCGGAGCGGCGAGCUGAAAUCGACGGCCGCCAGGAUGAGCUACAUGUGUUACAUGAGGAAGGGCAGCGUCUUAUUGCCGAACAACCAGAACAUAAACCAGAGGCCUCCCUCCAACGUAUGCUGGAAUGGCUACAGUGGUGCGAUCAAGCGUCAAUGUGCGAGCGAUGGCUUGCAGACAAGGAAAAUCUUCUCAAACAAGGAGACAUUGGCGAUGCUCCAGAUGCUGUCCAGGUAGGGUCAUGUACCAACUUGAGUAUGCUGAUCAAAUCGCAUGAUGCAUUUGAAGAGACUGUGCGGAAGCAAAGUGAAAAACUCGACAACUUGAAAGCUGAUGCUGACAAACUCAUCAAAAGUGAUAAUGAAUACCGCGGAGUUGUCGAAGCAAGAUGUGAAGAAGUCCUGCAGCGCCAUGCUGCGAUGCUCGAAUCGUCUUCGAAACGUCGUGGACUCCUUUGCGACAGCAAAAAAUAUCACGAAUUCAUCAGAACUUGUGGCGAACUGAUUACUUGGAUCAACGCCAAGUUGCAACUUGCUUAUGAUGAAUCAUACCUCGACCCUACCAAUCUUCGUGCCAAGCUUCAAAAGCAUCUUGCUUUCGAUUCUGAGCUCACGGAGAACGAGAAGCGUCUCGUGGCUGUUGAAGCGCAAGGAGAACAAUUGAUCAAGGAAAAGCAUUUCAUGAGUGAACAGGUCCGUGCUCAACUUGGAGAGCUUCGAAGUGGUUGGGAUGAACUGCGCACGAAAUCUGCAUUAAAAACCCAACGACUUCGUGAGGCGUAUGAAGCACAUACCCUCCAACGCAAAGUAGAAGAUAUGGAGAGGUGGCUCGAUAGGAUUGAAAAUGAGCUCGCUUCUGAAGAUCACGGUCGUGAUUUGGUUUCUGUUGAACAUCUCAUGAAGAAGUUGGACGCAUUGGAUGCCGAGAUAAGGGGACGAGCUGAAGCUGUACACGAUCUGAUGCAGAAAGCUCGUGAGAUCAAAACUCUUGGGUCUCCAACGUCGGAUGCGAUCCUUGGAGCUGCUGAGCAGGUAGACGCAAGGUUCUCCUCACUAAACGAGCCAGUCCUGAUAAGGAGAGAAAAUCUACGCGAUGCCCAUGCUCUGUACGAAUGGACGGCUUGUGCUGAAGAAGAGCUUGAAUGGCUUUCUGACAGAUUGCCUUUGGCUCGAAACCAAGAAUGCGGUGACAGUCUUCAUUCAGCGCUUAGUUUGCAAAAGAAACACAUGGCUCUGGAAAAAGAACUGGAAUCACGUCAGGCUGGUAUUCAUGAGAUUGAAUCAAAAGGUCUGGCCAUGGUGCGAGCGAAACACUUUGCCAGUCCUCAAAUAGAGAAAAUGAUUGACAACCUUGCAACGGCUCUGCUAUCUGUUAAGGACGCUUGCUCUGUUCGACGAGCUCGACUACAGCACGCUGUAGACAGCCAUGAGUACUAUACGGAGGCAGCUGAAGCGGAACAGUGGAUGAGAGACCAGAUGCUUGUCGCAGUCAACCAGGAGACUGGUCGCGACCAGGCGUCGGCUGAAGGAUACCUAAGAAGACUGACUGUGUUGGAUAAAGAGGUAGCUCAAUUUAAAAACGAGUUGGAGAGGUUACGUGCACGCUGCGAUUCGUUACAAGACCAUCAGGAUGCGAAUCAGAUCGCAGCCCGUCAAGCGAAGCUAGAAACCUCGUACUCAGACCUAGUCAAGGAAUGUAACAGGAGGCGUACGCAACUUGUAGAUGCAGGUCGUUAUCAUCGCUUCGUUCGCCAAGUCGAUGAUCUCUCUGAUUGGCUUCAUGAAAAGGAGCAUGUAAGUUUUGACCUCGCUAUUAUUUUCCCUUUUCUUGGAUCUCGUACAAAGCAAGGGUCACGAGGUGAUAAGUUACGGCAACCUUAG